CGAUCUAUCGGAGACAAUCGGUGCGAUCGUCGCAAAGCUUGGAUCGAUCGAUUUUCGUGUUUCAAAGUCGAGACUUGGUGAAGGUCGGAACCAUGAAAUACUUCGUGUUCGUACUGUUCGCUUCCUUGGCAUUUGCUUCUGCCUCACCACGUGGACAAGAAGAUGAAAUGUACGCAUUCUUUGAAGCAUUAUCCUCAUUAUUCAGAAUCCCUGUGUCAGAGGUUAAGGUCUGCGCUCAAAAAUCAGGGUUGUUUUGCGCAACUUUUCCAGCGAGAAACGAUAUUGUCAGCAACAUAAUCGAAGGGAAAAACUUAAUGAAAGACGAAGGUAUAAGAAGAGUUUUUUGUACCAUCGCUUGUACCGCUCAAGUGCAAGGAACGAUGAUCGGCAACAAGAUCAAUAUGCCAUAUAUAGAGCAGUUAAUUGACACCGAGAAAAACUCAGCUCGAAUGAAAAACAAGAUUAGGUUAAUCAUGCACGAAUGCUUAGAAACAGUGAAAGAUCAGGACAGCGAGUGCGAGGUAGCUGCCAAAUACACACAGUGCAUGAUCAUAAAAUCCACUAAGCAAGAACCAAUUUACCACGAGGGACGUGUCCAUUGAGGAAGAAUAUACACAGAAAAAAAGAAAAUCGAAUUUCUUGAUGUCUUUUAUCAAUAGUACGACAAUUGAAGAAUAUAUUUCCAAAUUUUCAAUGUAAUCCUCGAAAUAUUAAGGGCCCCAGAGCGUGAUUAUUGCGGGCAAGCAUGCGAGUGCGCGGUGUCAUCGAGUUUUUCUCGAAACCACCAUUUUCAAAUUGACGGGAAAAAUGUCUGGAAAACUAGGUUACCAAUUCACUUGAAAUUUUGCAUACGUGUACUAUUCGAUGAACCUAGAAAUUAAGAAAAAUAAAUAAUUCAAACCUUUAUUGCUAAACCUCUCACGAUCAAAUUGACAGGAGAAUGAAAAAGAAUUGGAAUCUUAAAAAACUGAAAUAACGAGACAUAUUGGAAAAAUGAUUAUAUAUAUCAUGAUUAUGCAAGUAACAGACAAGAAAUUAAUUUUUGAUAAAAAUUUCAAAAAGUGUGAUAUAGUUCAUGCUAGGUUUAGUGUUAAACAACCUAAAUAUUCACGAAACCAUCAAUUUUUAUGUUCAAAGAGGCCUCAUUUUAACGAUUCAUAACCUUAUCGAAUUUUUAAAGAUUCCUCGAUUAAUUGCCUUCGUAAAGAGUAAGAAAAUUGUUUGAAUUCCUAUUUUGGUCGAAGAGAGAAGGAAAUACAAUUUCCACCAAGUUCAAAUCCUGUUACACGAUUUUAUAACUCGAUUUUAUACUCGAUUUUAUAACUCGAAAUUGCGACAUUUUUUAAAACAUAGGAAAAAUUAAUUUUAUUCUCCUAUAGUUACUUAAUAAAACCUCAUAGUCUUCGGAAUGAUGAAAUAAAUAAUUUCGUCGAGAAAAAAUUCCCCAAAAUACGCGUGCCCCCUUGAUUAUUUCAAGCUCUCGAAGAAUUGCACCGAAUAAACAACAUGGAACCUAACAACGAGAUGAAAAGGAGAUUAUGCGAGAUUAAGAGUGAUGGAAUCUUGAAGAGUUUAAAGGGAUAGCAACGAUUGUGCUCCGGAUCAAAAUGAUUUGCGAUUCUUCCGAAAUAAAGCGCUUCUAUCUCCACAAUUAUGUAGCUCGAAUGAAUUUCUAUGUGCAUAGACAUCGUGCGUGAACAAAGUCAUCGAGAUUACUGUAAUCGUGGGGACUUACAUAAGCUCACUGAUGCAACGAUCGUUUCAGAUAGCUGGAAAUAUUCAACAGGAAUCGAGCUGGAAAUUUGACUUGAAAAUCGGUGUGAAAAAUAAAGAAAUGAAUUUUAUUCUAUUAAA